AUGGGAUGUAGCGGGCGGCUGCUGGGACCCGUCGGGGGCCGCCGCGCCUCGCUGCUCCUCACCAUGAUCCUCUUCUUCACCUACUUCUUCUUCUGCCUGCCGGGGCCCUGCGAGCCGCUGCCCCCCGCCUUGCUGCUGCCGCCGCCCGCCGCGCUCCCCGACGGCAGCCCGGGGCCCGGGGGAACGGGGCCGGGGGCGGCGGGCGGCGGGAGCCGGCGGUUCCCGCAGGCCAUCAUCGUGGGCGUGAAGAAGGGCGGGACGCGGGCGCUGCUGGAGUUCCUGCGGGCGCACCCCGGGGUGCGGGCGGUGGGUGCCGAACCCCACUUCUUCGACAGGUGCUACGAGAAGGGGCUGCGCUGGUACAGGAGCCUGAUGCCACGGACGCUGGAGGGACAGAUCACAAUGGAGAAGACCCCCAGCUAUUUUGUCACCAAGGAGGCACCCCAGCGCAUCUACAACAUGUCCCGUGACACGAAGCUGAUCGUGGUGGUGCGGAACCCGGUCACCCGCGCCAUCUCGGACUACACGCAGACGCUCUCCAAAAACCCUGCCAUCCCCAGCUUCCAGGCCCUGGCCUUCAAAAACAUCAGCACGGGACUGAUCGACACGAGCUGGAGCGCCGUGAGGAUCGGGAUCUACGCCAAGCACCUGGACAACUGGCUGCAGUACUUCCCCCUCUCCAAGUUCCUCUUUGUCAGUGGGGAGAGGCUCGUCAGUGACCCGGCCGGGGAGAUGGGCCGUGUCCAGGACUUUCUGGGUCUCAAGAGAGUGGUGACGGACAAACAUUUCUAUUUUAAUGAGACCAAGGGCUUUCCCUGCCUGAAGAAGCCGGAGGGCAGCAGCAAGCCCCGCUGCCUGGGGAAAUCCAAGGGGCGGCCGCACCCCAAAAUCGACGUGCAGGUGAUCCAGCGCCUGCGGGAGUUUUACAGACCCUUCAACAUGAAGUUUUAUCAGAUGACAGGGCAGGACUUUGGGUGGGAUUGA